AUGUUGGGGGCAGCUGCGACCAGCCAGACACAAGAUCCAAAGAGUCGCAAGAGGAGACCUUUGGCAUCAAAGCGCAGCAGAUUGGAUGACAAGGACAUCGGAAACGAAGACGAAGAAGGAAAGGAUGGGGAUGGAGAUGGGAAUCGUCCGCCUCGCGCCAAGCUUCCCAAGGUUCAGGAGGACGAAGUCAGCGGUGCGAAGCUGGCUUGUCCUUUCUUCAAGCACAAUCCGCGCAAGUAUAAGAACCAGCGUCCCUGCUGUGGCCCGGGGUGGGAUCACGUUCAUCGCAUCAAGGAGCACAUAUACCGCAAGCACUCACUUCCCAAGUUCUCCUGCCCCCGUUGCUCUCAACCCUUUGAGACUCAAGCAGACCUGCAAGCCCACGCUCGCUUGCCUACUCCAUGCCAAGUCAAGGAACCGGAGGUUUUGGACGGCAUCACCCAAGACCAAGAAAAGAAGCUUCGGUCGCGGAAGAAGACCAGCGGUAAAGAGCUCACCGAAGCCGAGAAGUGGACUCAGGUCUACGGCAUUCUCUUCCCAGACGUCAGAGAGCGAGAGAUUCCGUCCCCAUACUACAACACAGAGGACGCCCAGACGAAUCCAGGCGGAUAUGAGGACUACCUCCGUCGCGAACUCCCCACUCAGGUCCGCCGACAGCUCGAGAAGGAAGUCGAGCAGCAGCUAAGCUUCGUCGAGGAAGGGAUGAAGCAAAAGGUCAUUGAGAUCGCGCGCAACUUGCAACUCUCACUGUUCAAGAGCUACCAGCAGAUUGAGACUCAAGAGAGAGACACCGAAGGGCCCCCACCGAGCGCCGGCUACAUUUCGAGUUCUGACUUCGUCUCGUUCACUGCGACGGAUACGUCGCCGUCGACGAUGACCACUGCCGGCACGACACCGGAGAUGCCAGACCCGUUGGAGAUUUUCGGCGGUGACCCCGCGAUCCCGGAUUUCAACUUUGAUUUCUUAUCCCAGGAUCCGUCUGCUCAGUCACAAGGGCACGAGAAAUCGUCUGAUCCGGCGUUUGGGAUAGACCCAUAUGCUACGUCGGGACCACCCACGAUUCAACCGGGCAUGGAGAUGUUCGGAGGUCAGCAGUUCGGUAUGCCAUAUUACGAUGUGGAGGGCUACGAUGAAAGGCAGGGCACAGUCCGAGACAUGAGUGUGCUCAGCUAUGCGCCCUGA